UGUCAGAAAACGCUGUCGCAACAAGGUUUAGGAGAGCUAAGUGUAGCCAGCAUGGGCAGUCAUUUCGUUAAUAUUUGACAUAAUUAGCAAUACUAGUGUUAAAUUAAAUAUAAGUGUAAAUAAAGAGGCAGAGGUGACGAAAAAUAGGUGUAGAUAUUUUCAUAACCUGCCAACGCUGUAAUGGAGACAUAAGCAGCGACCUGUUGUCGAAAUAGAAAGAUGACACAAUGAUAUUAACACAAUGUUAAGUAAUCUAGUUGAAUCAGGUUUUGGAUUUUAACAGUUAAUGCGAGCAGACAUAUGCUCUGUUAUGUCAAAUCAAUCGUCGAGCUCAGUUCAUCGUGACAGCUAAUCUCGCUAACAGGCUAGUCGAGGUCGUGUUUACCAUCAUGGAUAGGGAGGCGUACCGUAACUGCUGCAGCCUGGUCAAAAUCCCAAGGCAGUCAUAUGAGCAGUUUUGGUCGUCACAUUUCGUAGAUUACAUCGACAAGGAGAUCAGCUAUUCUAAAUUCUUCAAAAAGUAUUUGCUUCCUAAUCACCCGUGUAUGUUUUCAAGAAAGUUUACUGAGGACUGGAAGUGUAGAAAACAGUGGGUGACUGAGGAGGGGAAGCCUAAUUUCCAAAAACUGCUGCAAGAGUUUGAUGAGACUCCUGUUCCGGUUGCAAAUUGCAAUGCCAAGGAAUACAAUGCAAACCCUAAACAAGUUAUGCCUUUCAAAGAAUUCAUACACUACUGGAAGGAGUACAUCCAGAAUGGUCAUUCAUCACCUAAAGGAUGCCUCUAUCUUAAAGACUGGCACAUGUCAAGGGACUUUCCAGAACAUAAUGUUUACGUUACACCAGUGUUCUUUUCUUCUGACUGGCUCAAUGAAUAUUGGGAUACACUUGAAGUAGAUGACUACCGGUUUGUCUACAUGGGACCAAAGGGUUCAUGGACGCCGUUCCAUGCUGAUGUGUUCCGCUCCUACAGUUGGUCUGCAAACAUCUGUGGUAGGAAGAAAUGGCUUCUCUAUCCUCCAGGCCAAGAGGAGUUUUUACGAGACACUCACGGCAACCUGACUUAUGAUGUAACUUCAGCAGAACUUCGAGACAGAGGCCUUUUUCCACACUCCGAAGAAGCAUGCCAGCCUCUUGAGAUUAUUCAAGAGGCGGGUGAAAUUAUUUUUGUGCCCAGUGGCUGGCAUCAUCAAGUUUAUAAUCUGGAGGACACCAUCUCCAUCAAUCAUAACUGGCUUAACGGCUGCAAUAUUGACAUUAUGUGGCAGUUCCUUCAGAAUGAACUGUCAUCCGUCCAGAAAGAGAUAAAUGAGUGGAGAAACACAAUGGAUUCAUGGCAUCAGCACUGUCAGGUCAUCAUGAAAGCCUGUUCUGGCAUUGAUUACGGAGAAUUUGCUUCAUUCCUGAAAAUCAUUGCAGACAACCGAAUGGCUUUCCUGAACGCAUGCUCCUCUGGUGAUUCAUCCGACUACCCACGGCACCUUUCAGAGAUCCUCACCACCCUUGGACCUUACCAUGCUGCCUUUGACUUACAAAGAGUGGCCAACAUACUUGAAUGCCUUCUCUGCAACGAAGAUUUUAAACGGCUUGAUCAUUCAGCAUUGACUUUGCAGCCAGAAACCAUGUUACAGCAAAUCCGAGACACCAUACAAUCCACAAGAGGGCAGCAUCUCCUUUAUCAGGAAUAGAAUGUUAUCGGAUUUGUCUAAACAAUAUAUUGUUCACCUGGAAGUAGCUUGAAUGAAAAGUGCCAAUUAGUAUGGUGCAAAAAAAGAUGAUGAUAAAGGUUUGAG